AUGGCAGACGUCGUAUACGCAUUCGGAGGUCUCGAAAAGCUUCCUCCUAAUAUUACUAGCUUCGCUCCCAUCAUUACCAAAACCGUUGUCAACUUCAUUAACACCCCCGUUACCACCGCCAUAAUCCCCACCAUUACCGCCAUCAUUACUACCACGAUAGUAAAAAACUGUUCCGAUGUAUCUAUUUCUUGUGAACAGGAAUCAGCACCCCGAGCCAAGGCAUCAAGCAGAUCUUUCUUUGCUCGACCGUUUGACGGAUUGGCGAUUUGGGAUGUUGUUCUGCUUGUAGGAUGCGGUGGUAUAAUUUUGAUAUGGAUGAUCGUGGCGACCUUUAAUGAUUGUAGGCGUUAUUUGGAGUCCAAAAGGAGUAAAGAGAAGGAUAGACAAAGUGUUUGA